AUGGUGUUGGGUCUUGAAGCAGUGCAGAGGGGUGGCCAUUUGCAUAGAGAUGUAAAGCCUAACAACUUUCUUGUGACUCGAGAGGGGCACAUCGUUUUGGCGGAUUUCGAUGGCAUCUGGCCAGUAGGAAUGCCUCUUGCAAGGGAGGAAGAAAUGCAAUUUACAUGCAAUUAUGUACCUCCUGAGACACUGCGUGCGACUGAGGCUCUCAAAAGCGCUGAUAAACAAAAGAUGACUAUGGGGGAUACGAUCCUGGCUCGUCUUGGGCCUCUAGACGAGCCUUUGUUAUUAAAUGAUUUAUUGGAGUGCAUAAUGCGCCCCGUACAGUCGAGAUCCUCCAUGGAAGAAGUCAAUGCCAUCCUUAUUCCGGCAAAGGCGCCACCUUCAGGGCCUUCAUGGAAGACAUGGACCUCAGGCCGGUCAAGCACAGUGUUUCGCUGA